UGGUGCGACGAAAAUCAUUUUGUUGACCCGAUCUACGCAGAUGACGAUCUCUCUCACCCUUAUCCCUUCGGUUUCUCUGAUCGAAAAGAAAGAACGUAUACUCCAUUGUUUCAAUCCUCCUCUAUCAAUAAUUUGUUUCAAUCAAUCAAUACCCCUUCAUUAUGGUUUCGUUUCACCUCCCUCUUUUCCUCCUCUUAUAUAGACUGAUCUUUCUUCUCCGUGGAAACCAAAACCCUAGGAAAAAUCAGAUCUCUAGCUAUGGCGAUGAAACGAAAUGGAAAGUCUCCUGCCUCUUCCGACUCUGAGGAAAAAGUGAUGUUCUUCAGAGAUGUCUCUCUAGGUCCCCAUGAAACCCGUCUGCGCUUUCGCCUCAUCCAUUUCUGGGAGGCUCAGAACCCGGUGAAGAAGACCCUUAUUGGCCUGGAGAUGCUUCUCAUCGACGAGCAGGGAACUGUCAUUCAAGGAUUCAUCCCACCUGGACGUAUCAAGAAGUACUUGCCUGAUAUGAAGCGAGGUUCAGUUUACGAACUCAUGAACUUUUACGGCUCGAAGAACAAACCGAUGUAUCGGGUUGCUGAUCAUAUCGCAACCGUGUCCUUCGCAUGGAACUCUGAGUUGUCGGUUCUUCACGACAUUCCAAUCCCUUUUGAUGAAGACCGUUUUAGGAUGCAUUCGUAUGAGGAUUUUGAGGCCAACUGUGAUCUGAAAGGUGAUCUGUACGAUGUUCUUGGCCACAUGAAGCUGGUCGAUGGACAGAGUAUUACGGAGCGUCCCGUUAUUGAUGAAACGAAGCUUGCUACAACUCGGCACAUUAUGAUUCAUGUGCAAUCACAUGAAGGACCUGUCAUGAAGCUCUACCUCUGGGACCAGGCAGCAACAGAUUUCUGCAAGAAGUUUAAGUCCUAUGAAAACACCCCCACAGUUCUUUUGGUCACAGCCGUUAAUACUAAACGGCUCGGAGGUACCCUGGCACUGAGUUCUAUGUCUCCCACACGGGUUUUCAUGGACUAUGAUGUCCAACCAACAAUUGAUUACAUAGCCUGGCUCUCCUCGAACCCAGAGAUUGCUAAGCAGGUUAGUGCAGAGGUGGUCACUAAGCGGGAGACGAUGACUAUAUCUGACAUAUUCUCUUACAUGACUCUGGAAUCUGCAAAGACUGCCUUCUUUGAGUGCACUGCUACUAUUGAUGAUGUGGUUCAAGGAUCUGCUUGGUACUAUAUUGCAUGCACUGGGUGUCACAGUAAGGCUACGAAAGGCUCAAACUCAUUGAUCUGCACUAACCCAAGAUGUGUGAAGGAUACCACAGCUGGAGUUGCACAGUACCGUGCAAAGAUUUCGGUUUAUGACAGCAGUGAACAAGGUUUUUUUGUCCUGCUCGGUGAUGCUGGUUUCCAGUUGACUGGGAGGCACGCAUCUGAGUUGGUCAGCAGCUACUUUGAGGCCAAUAAAGACAAAGGCCCUGACCAUGAAGUGCCUGUCCCGGAUGCUCUGAUCAGCAUUAUCGGACAGACCCAUAAGUUUUGUGUGAAAGUUACAGACCACAACUUCUCUGGCAAUACCCGAGCUAUCACUGUCACCAAGAUCCUCCCUCUAGAGACACCAUCACCCACAGAAGACUCUCUUGGAGACGCCAUUGCUGCAACGUCCAUGGAAGCAGUGCAGACUGGAAGGGACGUGUGUGAGCCUUCAAAAAGCUGUGGAGAUUCUGCAGAUGAAGAGAGUAAGAGAACGUUUGACAGUGGUGAACCAGAGAAAGUCAAACGGGCAAGAUGUGAGAAAUGAUGAUUCAGUUCGAUGAUGCUCAAGGCUUUGCAUUGAGAUUCAAGUAUUCUGUUGGUUUUUGAAAGUUUGCUUCAGUUUAAGUACUAUUUUGGUUUUUAUCAAGACUUUGCUUUGUUUCAUUUCAUUUCAGACUUUGGCUUUCAAUUGAUUGAACUAUCCUUCUUAUAUAGUUUUGUCAUAGCGAUUGUUUUCAUGAUUUGAAUUCGUUUAUAUAGACCAACUAAUUUGGCCUCAAAAAUAUCUCGCCAAACUUGAUUAUUUCCAUAUCCCAUAUACAAUUUGAACUCUACGUAGCAUCAUACACGCGCAUCACACCGCAGGAAAAUCUUAGACUAUGUUAUAUUUUUGAAAGUUAUUAAAAUCGAAUAUUUCAUAUGAUCCUGUAUUUAUGUCAAAAUCUCAUUUAAAUAGGAAAGUAGUAAAUUCAUUCGACCAGUAAUUAUAUUCUUUGACUAUAACCUUUCAAAGGGAAGAAAAAAAGGAAAGGUAAAUCAAACUCUUCCAAAAUUCAUAUUCUCUUGCGUUAGAAAGAAAAAGAGUUGACAAAGACGAAGACCUCAUCUGUUUCUUCUACACUUCCAAGCAGCAUUCGUCUGAAGUAAACUGGUCGUGCGGAUCUCUGUUUUAGCGGUAUGGAUAGCUUCCCCAAUAACCAGCCCAUUGAAGCGUCAGGUAAAUACCAAAUCUCCUGUAUGUGUAUCUCAAAUAAAGAAAAUUAGAAGCAUCUCUGUAUAUUAUCUUUUGGGUCAAAAUUAGUUUGUACGAAGAGUAUGUAUAUUCAAACCAUGUUUAACCACAAAUUGAUUUGGGUGGUGGUUCUACUCAUUAAGCAUAGGAAAUUGCAAAGCAACAUUAUAAUUCAAAAUUUUUUAUAUAAGAACUACCCAUAACGUUACAUUUUUUAUUCUAUCUAAGUUCUAUACACGUUUUUGAAAGACUAAAUAACACUAUAUCAUUCUUAUAAUUACUUACGUUCUUUAUUACGUUGGAAUUAUUUCUUAUGAGUAUAAAGAACAAUUCUAUAGUCAAUGAUAUUUAAUUGUUAGGUGACAGAUUUAUAUAUAAAGCAUAUACUCGUUCUAAUCAUUAAGCAUAAAUAACACAAUAUCAUUUUUUGGUCUUUUAUAUAAGAGCUACCCAUAACGUUACAUUUAGAGAUUAUGUUUCAUAAAAUAACCAGUAUAUUGUAUGCUUAGUGCCUUUGUUUAGAAAGACAAUCUUUAAUUGUUAGACAGCUAUAGCCAUAUAUUUAACUAUGACGAACGUUAGUUUCGAUUUUUCACAACUAAAAUAUAUAUAUAUUAGUUUCUAAGUCUUCACAGCAAUAUGUCUCGAGUUUUUUUAAACUGGAAAUUUACGGAACUGAAAGUUAUAUAUGUAUUUAACUUAGAUCAGGAAUAAUAUAUAUAUAUAUAUAUAUAUAUAUAUAUAUAUAUAUAUAUAUAUACGGUAUUUGUUUAUUUAUUCAUUCAGGAUAUUUUUUGAAUAUUGUUGUCUUACCGUUUUAUUCAAUAAUUUUUAUACAUUGUUUUUUUUUUUGUAAAUUUUCCCUUUUAUAUAGUUUAUAACUAAUCUAAAACAAAUAUUAACUAUUCAUAGUUUGCUUAUAAAUCUCGGAUAAAAUUAAAGCUGAAAGAAAAUAAACUAACCAUCACACGUAACUUAUAAAAAUAACAUUGAGGAAAAAAUGCUCAUUCACACCAACGUUAAAAGACAAAAAAAUUAUAUAUUUAAACCCACUUUAUUUACCACAUUCCGACAAAAACUUGACCCCACACAAAUAUCUCAACAAUGAGUGACAUACCACUUAUAUCUCAUAGAAUCUCGCAUCAAAGAAGAUCUACAGGUGAAAACCCGAAACAAACCCUCCAAGUUUACAAUAUUAAAAAUAAAAACCAUUUUAGUAACUAUAUUUAUACGUUUGUUUCGGUAGCAUUAAUCUGUGAAGAAAAUCAGAUUUUCACUAUCUGGCUGUAUCUUAUUACUAUUUUUAAAUCGUAAAUCUUUUAGUGACAUCUUCCAUGCAACACAUUCCUCAAAGAAUCCACCAACUUAAAGAAGGGUUUUCAAUGCGUCCUAUCAUCGUAUGUAUAAGAAAUGUUUGGGACAUCAAAAAACACCAAACAGAUAGUACUCGAACUUCCAUCGGCUUCAUGUGCUACGACCACAACGUAAGCCUUCUUUAAACUUCUAUAUAUAUAUACAUAUACUUAUAUAUUUUCCAAUCCACCAUAUUUGAUUUAAACUACUCACUGCUUGCUUAAUUGGUUCGGCCCAACAAAAUAUUUUUCACACUCAGGGACAACUAUUAGAAGGUCGGGUCACCGGAGAUAUUCAGCCGAAUGAUUCAAAAAACUUAACCGAAGGAGAUAGUUAUGACUUCUCGGGAUUUUAUGUCAUACACAAUUCACGACAACGGAAACUCACCCAACUGCCCUACUAUAUUCAGAUCGGCCAAAGGACAACCGCAUUGAAUGUUACACUGGAUGGUCCGAUGUUUUCAGUUCACAGUUUGUCACCUCAGAAAUACACAAAUCUAUUACGGUUAGCCAAUACACCCACAUACUUACCAGGUAAGUAUGUCAUUCCAACAUUAGUUAAAUAAAUAUGUAUAUUUAUUUUAAAAUCAAUGUGCAGAUGUCGUCGGACAGAUAGUCAUAAUACAAAAAAUAAAACCUGAUCACCCAGAACUCAAUAUUGAUGCUACGAUUGGCCUACGGCUGAACAGGUUAGUCUAACACAAUAGUUAAAAACAAAUUAAUUAUUAUUUUCAUACCACAUCUUUAUCUCAGGUCAACGAUUGUUAAACUCAUAUUGUGCGACCAGCAAGCAGCAGAUUUCAGCAUCCUACAAAGCAAGAAGAAUAGAAAAUUUAAAGUUAUGCUUAUCACAAGCGUAAUUCCUAAAAUAAUCCAAGGUAAAUAUUUCAAAUUAACACAUAAAAAAAUAAUACAUAUAUGAAUAUUUCUCUUAUCAACAUAAAAACAAUACCCAAUAUUUGCAGGCAAACUUAUACUCCAUUCAUCACCAGCAACAGUUUUCUACUUCAACAAAUCAAUUGAUUACAUAAAGGAUUUCAAAAGGCGAAUUAGAGAUUAUGCAAAAACAUGCAGCACAGAGUGACCUUCCUUCAUGCAUAAUUCGGAUUAUUAUUCUCUCUCUCAUAGAACUUGAUACCUAGAUUUGUUUUCAUUAAAAUUUAUUUUAUGAUUGCUUUCCUUUAUUUUCGUGAAUUUAUCUAAGAUGAGGUUUUGAUCUUUUUAAAUGAAAGAAUCUAUAUUCGGAAACUAAAACAAAUAAUUUUUUACAAUACUUAGUUAAUCUAUGCUAAACAUGAUAAAUGAACCAAAAUUAAAUACAUAUCCGUGCUCAGCUAUGCAAGUUAGUGAGCAGUAAGGCAUGAUCAGAGUGAAUAAGAAGUCCACUAUACAUAUGUGGUUGUUUGGAGAUAAAAGUUGUAUAGAUUUAUGAAUUGAAAAAAUUACUACAAUUCAUUAUAUUUAAAAAUUGAAGCUACUUUAAUUACAGAUUUGAAAAAAACGAAUUUAAAGACCAUUAUAUUCCAUUAGAUUUUAAAGACCUAUAAUUUAUUUAAUAUUCCAAAACUCCAAAUUCCUUAAAUACAAUUAAAGUUUCACCAUUAGAUAUAUUAAAAUUAUAUUCUAGAACAAUAUUCAACUGUAAGUUUUCAACUAUUACACGUUUUUAAAAAAAUUAUUAAGUAUUCUUCGUUUUUUGAAAAUGGGGUGUUUAUAUUUUAAAUAAGUUGUUGGAGAACUUUUUCUUUUGCUGAGUUUAUUCGAGAUAAGACUCCGACCUUUUGAAAUAAGAGAAUUUAUGUUAUAUACGUAAUUAUAUUUUGUACAAAACUCUAAAAUCUCAGACUUGAUUCAGGACUUACAGCAAUUCAUGAUUUAUUAAUUAAUUGUUUUAAAAAGAAUAUAGAUACUUGCUUAAAACCUUAAAGUAAAAUAACAUCACCAACUCUAUUACUACAGUGUGAAAUAAAUACUACAAAACUACUGAUAAUAUUAAAACUUCAACAAAACUUCUGAUAAUAUGCGUAUAUAAUUUUACUCUGAAAGUAUAAAUACAUGUAUCUUUUCCUACACAAUUGAAAAUGAUGUAUUUAUGACUUUGAAGCUAUUUAAAUUAAACUUUGUUGUUUUCGAUAUCUAAAAUAAAAUAUAAUUAACAUAAACUAAUUAGUCUUAGUUAUAAUCCAAUUCCUCAUUUUUACUCAUUUGAGUUCGUUUUUUUAUAUUCUUUUGUAAAAAAACAAUUCAAGUUCUGAGUAUAUGAAAAUUUUAGAUUCAUAAUGAACUAUAUUUUUGUUUAGGAUCAAUACUGAGUUUCUAUUCUUAUUUGUAUGUUUAUAAAUUGUAUUAUCCUUUGCUUUUCAUUAUAUGGUUAUUCAGAAAUUUAUAUGGAAUAUAUCAUUAACUAUACUUUGACUAUUUGGGAAAAAAAAGGCGCUGUCUAGAUGUGAUCAAGCAAAAAAAAGGAAUAAGGAAGGAUGAAAUUUCACAUAAAAAUAACACAUCAUAUCUGGAUAUAUUUAAAUAAAUACUUACAAAUAUAUUAUAUUUUUGAUAUUUUUAAAUUAAUUAAACAAAAACUAAAUUAUUAGAAAAUAAAAUACAAAUAAAACUAUAUUAAUAUUUUGUAACAUCAAAAUAAUAAUUGAAUACAAAAUAUAUUAUGUUAAUAAAUAGAUUAUAGAUUUUAAAGACCUCUAUAUAUUAUUUUAGUUCGGGAUUUUUAAUAAAAUACCUGCUAUUAUGAUUUCUAUUAUAGCUGGAAAGAUUAACUACCCAAAUCAAUUUAGUUUAAAUACUACAAAUACAACAGUUAUUGCAAACCAAAAAAAAAAAAAAAAAUAAACACCACCAUCACUAUUAAGCCCAUUUUCAAAAUCGAUUUAUUUUGGGAACCAUAUUACCAUUUCCUAGCUAUUUAUUCUACCCAUUACUAUCGUUAUUAGUUUAUUUAAAUCAUA